UUUCUUACAGCAAUGUGCGGUGUAUAUUCAUUUCAAACUAGGGUUUCGUGAAGCCUGACGUUUCCAUAUUUACACGCGGCGGGCGGGCGGGCGAGCGGUCGAGCGAGAGAAAUCAAUGGCGCCGAGGCAGAGAACCCCGAAGGUGAGCAGGAACCCUGAUCUGGUUCGUGGUAUCGGCAAAUACUCGAGGUCGAAGAUGUACCACAAGAGGGGCCUCUGGGCCAUCAAGGCCAAAAACGGUGGCGUUUUUCCUCGCCAUGGCGCCAAACCCAAGGCAGCCCUUCCCGCCGAGAAGCCCCCCAAGUUCUAUCCUGCGGAUGAUGUCAAGAAGCCCCUCUUCAACAAGCGGAAACCCAAUACCACUAAGCUCAGGGCUAGUAUUACUCCGGGUACCGUGCUAAUCAUACUUGCUGGGAGGUUCAUGGGAAAGAGAGUUGUUUUCCUGAAGCAGCUUCCAACUGGAUUGCUUUUGGUCACGGGACCCUUCAAGAUUAAUGGUGUUCCUCUGAGGCGUGUGAAUCAGUCUUAUGUGAUUGCUUCUUCAACAAAGGUUGACAUCUCUGGAGUUAACCUGGACAAGUUUGAUGACAAGUAUUUUGCAAAGGAAGUUCAGAAGAAGAAAAAUAAGGGAGAAGGCCAGUUUUUCGAGUCAGAGAAAGAGGAGAAAAAUGCACUCCCACAAGAGAAAAAAGAUGACCAGAAAGCAGUUGAUGCUCCAUUGAUAAAAUCCAUUGAGGGAAUUGCAGAGUUGAAGAACUACUUAGCUGCAAGGUUUUCUCUCAAAGCAGGCAUGAAACCUCAUGAGCUGAAAUUCUAGUGCACUAGAAAAGGGUUAGGGUUGCUUCUAUUCAUCACCCUUCUAUUCUCUGUUUGAACUUUGUCUUAGUAGUUGUAGUCUUCUAGGUGUUGUUCUAGGUGAUGGUUUGUUAAAGGGAUUUCCCUUGUUCCAAUUUUGGUCAUCGUGAUGCAACUAACUACAAAUAUAUGUGAUACGUGAGUGGUUCUGUUUAUCUAA